GUGAACUUGAAGUCAUCAUGUGUGUUAAGAAUAAAACCAAGAUUUUGUGAUAAUCUGUUCUAAUUUAAGUGGCAUUACCACAAGAGGGCAGAGCAGUGUUUCUAUGAGUCAUACAGAAAGUGAAAGUAAACUAAAAAUAUCCUGUCAGUGGAAGACAAAAGACGUUACCACCGAACACUAGACAUUGAGGCUGUCAUUACAUCUGGAUGAAGUGAUUUGAAGAAGUUACAGAAACAGCAGAGAAAAGUUCCAAGAAAUAAUCUCUUAGCUUUCUGUGAUCAUGGAAGCACCAGACUUGCGGAUUGUCCUUCUAGGAAAAACUGGAGCUGGAAAAAGCAGCUUGGCUGAAACUGUAUUUGGAGAGAGAGUGUUUGAGAUCCAUCACACUUCAAACCCUGGAACAGAUCAGUGUCAGACGGCAACCAGAGAGGUUCAUGGAAGAAACAUCACAAUGAUCGACACUCCUGGGUUCUUUGACAACCGCACGUCUGAGGACAGUCUGAGAUCUAACAUAACAAGGUGCAUCAUGGAGUGUUCUCCUGGCCCUCAUGCUUUCUUAAUUUUACUUAAAGUGGAAAAAUACACAGAUCAGGAGAAUGAGAUGAUUUCUAAAAUCAGAAAAGCUUUUUCUGAGGAAGCUUUCAGAUAUUCUGUAGUUGUCUUCACUCAUGGUGACCAGCUCCCUGAAGGAAUGCAGAUUGAAGAGUUUAUCGGUGAAAAUGAGGCUCUGCUUGAUCUCCUGGAAAGAUGUGGAGGUCGCUGCCACGUGGUUGAUAACAAAUACUGGAAAAACAACCAGCAGGAUGAAUACAGAAACAACCAGCGGCAGGUAGAAAAUCUACUGAACACAAUAACAGAGAUGAUGAACCAAAACAAUGGAGGUUACUACACCAAUGACAUGUUAGAAGCAGUGGAGAGAAGAAUCUUAGUAGAGGCCGAACACAUUCAGUCCUCAUCACCAAAUAUGUUGUGGGAAAACAUCAUAAUUAAGGCAAAGAGUAAAGUCUACAAUUUUCUCAAAAAUGCUGCAGGCAUUACAACAGGAAUGUUGUUGGGAGCUCUGCUUGGUGUGCCUGUAAUGGUCGCUAAAGUUGUCACAGCACUGCAAGGUAUGGGAACAGUCCCAGAUCCUAGGAGAGUGGGAGCAGUAGCAGCAGGAGCAGCGGGAGCAGCGGGAGCAGCAGGAGCAGUAGGAAGUGCAGAACCUAGAUUGGCAUAUGCAGUAGUGGGAGCAGCAGCAGCAAUAGCAGCAGGAGCAGGAGCAGCAAGAGGAGGUGUUAUUGGGCAUCGUGAAGCAGUCAAAGCAGACUCCAUCAGAAAGGCUGUAAGAAACACAGCGGAUGCUGUUACUGAGCAGGCUGCAAAGCAAAUUAUAAACAUGUUUAUUACAACACAGCAACAGUAAAACAAAGAAGACGAGUCUCUGAAACAAUAAGCUGGAGUUUUGGCUUUGGUUAGUGUACGCCAUUAAAAUUCUUCUAAUAAUAUACGACAGUAAGAACAACUUCAUCUUCAAAAUACAAUGAUUACCACCCUUAGAUUAUCCUUAACUAGAUUCAAUUUCUUUUCUUAACCUGUCAAACAUAUUAAUGGUAUAGUCAAGAUAUUUUCUGUUUUGUUUUUGGUGGUUUUGGUUUUAUUUGGUUAGUUGGUUUCUGUAAUUAACUGUUAUGUGUGUGUUUACACAUAAGUAGGAGGCUUAAUGUUGUUUUCUGCAUAUAUGAUGAAACCAAAAUGUGACUAAAAUGUUUAGUGUCAAAAAAAGAUGUUGCCAUAAGAGAUAAAAUGAUGUACUUUUGUAUCUUGGAGUGCUGUUUAUUCUUCACGUGUACUUUUGUGUAACAAUGUCUUGUCUGCUUGUCUUGUUAACUUUUAAAACUGAACUCUGACAGAAUGAAUCAUGUUUGAUGUUCGUGAUGAAGCAGCUGUUGUGUUAAUCAU